AUGUAUCUCGAAUGUGUUCAAGGUAAACGAACAGUGACAGAGUACACAGCUGAGUUUGUGCGUUUCUCUGAACGCAAUGACCUAGGAGAGACAGAUAAUCAAAAGGUGGCUAGAUACAUCAGUGGUUUAAGAAGCUCUAUACAAGAGAGAAUUGGUUUGCAGACCGUAUGGACUGUGCAAGAGGCUUCUAGUUUAGCUUUGAAGGCUGAGCUAAUGGAGAAGUCAACUCGCAGUUUUUCUUCAUUCAAGAGGUUUACACCUCAGAAUAACUACGAGGCAGCAAACGAAAAGGAAAAGAAUGUUGUAAGCAAAGAUCCCAACCCUGGAAAUAAAGGAGCUAGUAGUUCUACCACUACUCAGCAGAGUAAAGCACCAGCUCAAAGGCAGAAUAAUCCUUAUGCUAAACCAUCUCUUGAUAAGUGUUAUCGUUGCCAAGGACAAGGUCACAAAUCAAAUGUUUGUCCAAGCAGAAGAACUGUUGCUUUGCUAGGAGAAGAAGAAGACGAAGAACAAGAGUUUAAUGAGGAUGAUGAAUAUGAAGGGGUUGAAUUUGCUGAAGAGGAGUCACAUGAGAAGAUAAACAUUGUGCUUCAGAGAAUCUUAUUGUCAUCUAAGGACGAAGGACAACGCAAGAAUUUGUUUAGAACACACUGCUCAAUUCAAAACAAAGUGUGUAAUGUGAUUGUGGAUAAUGGAAGCACAGAGAAUUUGGUUUCUCAAAAGCUGGUUGAUUUUCUGAAGUUGCCAACAAAAGAACAUGAGAACCCAUAUCCUCUUGGGUGGAUAAAGAAGGGCUCACAAGUUCGAGUCACAAUGACUUGCAAAGUUCCCAUCUCCAUUGGGAAACACUACAAGGAAGAGGUAAUUUGUGAUGUUCUUGACAUGGAUGUUUGUCAUGUUUUGUUUGGUCGACCUUGGCAAUAUGAUAAUGAUAUCACAUAUCGAGGACGAGAUAAUGUGAUAUUGUUUACUUGGGGAAUACAUAAAAUUGCUAUGGCUCCUGUUUUGGAUUUUGAUAAAAGCGCAGGGAAAAAGAAGAUCCAAUUUCUUGUUAAAGGGUUAAUGAGUGUGGUGAAUGAGGAAGCAACAACUCCAGAAGAAGUGUUAGAGAUUCUAGAAGAUUUCAAGGAGUUGACUGCAGAUGAAUUGCCGAAUGACCUGCCUCCUAUGCGAGAUAUUCAACAUCAUAUUGACUUGAUUCCAGGUUCUAGCUUACCAAACCUUCCCACUAUCAUAGAUCUUCGUAGUGGAUAUCAUCAAAUUCGAAUCAGGCCUGGAGAUGAAUGGAAGACAGCUUUUAAGAGCAAAGAUGGAUUGUAUGAAUGGUUGGUGAUGCCUUUUGGGUUGUCAAAUGCUCCUAGUACUUUCAUGAGAUUGAUGAACCAGAUUCUUCGACCAUUCGCUGGUUCUUUUGUGGUUGUUUACUUUGAUGAUAUCUUAAUUUACAGCAAGACCAAAGAAGAGCACUUGGAUCAUUUGAAGCAGGUUUUGCAAGUCUUACAAGAAAACCAGUUGUACGUUAAUCUGAAGAAGUGUACGUUCUGUACCAACAAGCUGGUAUUUCUAGGAUUUGUUGUUGGUGAAGAAGGGAUUCAGGUUGAUGAGGAGAAAGUGAGAGCUAUUAGGGAUUGGCCUGCCCCUAAAUCAGUCACUGAGGUACGUAGCUUUCAUGGUCUAGCUACCUUCUAUAGGAGAUUUGUUAGAGAUUUUAGUACCAUUACUGCUCCUAUUACUGAGUGUUUGAAGAAAGGGAAAUUCUUUUGGGGGUCUGAACAAGACAAGAGUUUUACUUUAAUUAAGGAGAAGCUAUGUACUGCACCGGUCUUGGCAUUGCCUGACUUUGAUAAAGUGUUCCAAGUUGAAUGUGAUGCUAGUGGAGUUGGAAUAGGUGCUGUCUUAUCUCAAGAGAAAAGACCAGUAGCUUUCUUUAGUGAGAAGUUAAGUGAAGCUCGCCAAAGAUGGAGUACUUAUGAUCAAGAGUUUUAUGCAGUAUUUAGAGCUCUAAGGCAGUGGGAGCAUUACUUGAUUCAGAGAGAGUUUAUCUUGUUCACUGACCACCAAGCUCUGAAGUUCCUUCAUAGUCAGAAAGUGAUAAACAAGAUGCAUGCUCGAUGGGUAAGCUUUCUGCAAAAGUUUCCAUUCAUUAUUCAGCAUAAUUCUGGGACUCUCAAUAAGGUAGCAGAUGCUUUGAGUAGAAGAGUUUCCUUACUCAUUACCUUGACACAUGAGAUUGUGGGUUUUGAGUUACUAAAGGAGUUGUAUGAAAGUGAUGCUGAAUUCAAAGAAUUGUGGGCUAAGUGCAAUGGUAAGCAUCCUUCUGCAGAUUUCCAUAUUCAAGAUGGCUUUCUUUUCAAAGGAGAUAGGUUGUGCAUCCCUUGCUCAUCAUUAAGAGAGAAGUUGAUUCGAGAUUUACAUGGUGGUGGUCUUAGUGGUCAUUUGGGGAGAGACAAGACUAUUGCUAGCUUGGAGGAAAGGUAUUAUUGGCCGCAUCUAAGGAGAGAUGUUGGUGCUAUUGUCAAAAGGUGUUAUAUCUGCCAGACUUCUAAGGGUCAAUCUCAAAAUACUGGUCUUUAUAUGCCUUUACCUAUUCCUGAUGAUAUUUGGCAAGAUUUGUCUAUGGACUUUGUGUUAGGAUUACCUCGUACACAACGAGGUGUGGACUCUGUGUUUGUGGUUGUAGACAGAUUCUCCAAAAUGACGCAUUUUAUAGCUUGCAAGAAGACUGCAGAUGCAUCCAACAUAGCCAAAUUGUUCUUCAGAGAGGUCGUCCGUCUCCAUGGAGUUCCCAAAACUAUAAUUUCAGAUAGAGAUACCAAGUUUCUCAGUCAUUUUUGGAUUACUCUUUGGCGAAUGUUUGGAACAACAUUGAAGAGGAGUUCCACAGCUCAUCCGCAAACUGAUGGGCAAACUGAGUUGCCUAACGGUCCUGGAGUUAGUGUAUCAGCUGAGACUAUGGCUGAAGAGAUUAUGGCUACUAAGGAAGCUGUCAAGGCUAAGUUAGAGGCUACCGGAGAAAAGAAUAAAGUUGCUGCAGAUAAACGGAGGAGAGUCAAAAUCUUCAAAGAAGGUGAUGAGGUUAUGGUGUUUCUUCGUAAGGAAAGAUUCCCAGUUGGCACAUAUCGCAAGCUGCAACCUCGCAAAUAUGGUCCAUUCAAGGUAUUGCGCAAGAUCAAUGAUAACGCUUAUGUUGUGGAUCUUCCAGAGAAUAUGAACAUUUCUAAUACCUUCAAUGUGGCUGACAUUCAUGAGUACCAUGCGGAUGGAGUUCUUUAUCCAGAAGAGAACUCGAGGUCGAGUUCUUCAGAGGUGGAGGAGACUGAUGUAGGAGAUGUUUAA